GGACGCAGCCGCUGUGCUUCGCCUUCGCGGGACAGGUUCCACAGGCGCCCUUUUUUAGACUAGACUAGCCUCGCGUAUUCUUCUUUUCUUUUUUCCUCCUUUUUUGUUGUUAACUUUCUCUCUCUGUUACUCUGUGUAUUGCUCUCUCUCUGUCUCUCUCCCUCCCUUCUCCUCUUCUAUCAAUCUGCCUACUCUUCUCUUGGUUGCCCCGAGAACCUCCGUGGGACUAACAGAAAAAAGAAGAGAAGGAGCGCGGUGCCUAACGAUAUAGUUUUUGUUCUGAUUUCUGGUCGAUGGAUUUAUCUCUGACAACACAACAAUAUUUUAGCUAGAAAACUGAGAGAAGCAUGGGUGACUGGAGUUUUCUAGGGCGACUGCUGGAGAAUGCUCAAGAACACUCCACUGUGAUUGGAAAGGUUUGGCUCACAGUACUCUUCAUCUUUCGAAUUUUGGUGCUGGGUGCAGCAGCUGAAGAAGUUUGGGGUGACGAGCAAUCAGACUUUACCUGUAACACACAGCAGCCCGGUUGCGAGAACGUUUGCUACGACGAGGCAUUUCCCAUCUCCCACAUCCGUUUCUGGGUGCUGCAGAUCAUCUUUGUCUCCACACCAACCCUCAUCUACCUGGGCCAUGUACUACACAUUGUCCGCAUGGAGGAGAAGAGGAGGGAGAGGGAAGAGGAGCUCAGAAAGGCCGGACGACACCAGGACGACCAUGACCCUCUCUAUCAAAAUGGAGUUGGUGAUGGUGGAGGGAAAAAGGAGAAACCCCCAAUUCGUGAUGAACAUGGAAAAAUCAGGAUACGCGGGGCAUUAUUGAGGACCUACAUCUUCAACAUAAUAUUCAAGACUCUGUUUGAAGUGGGCUUCAUUCUAGGGCAGUACUUCCUGUAUGGAUUCCAGCUGAGGCCUCUCUAUAAAUGUGGCCGCUGGCCCUGCCCCAAUACUGUGGACUGCUUCAUCUCCAGGCCCACUGAAAAGACAAUCUUCAUCAUCUUUAUGCUGGUCGUUGCCUGUGUCUCUUUGGUCCUCAACCUGCUGGAGAUCUAUCACCUAGGCUGGAAGAAAGUAAAGCGAGGGGUCACCAAUGAGUUUGCACCUGAUAGCGAGUCACUGAUUAUGGCUGAAGAUGAGCCCACAGACGCAGAGACGAGCCCUGAGCAGACCUCUCCGUUGGUGCUCGACUGUCUGCCGGCAUUCGGCAGCGUGAGUGUGAUGGGAGACGGGGCAGCUGAGGGAGGGGCCUACAGCCCACCAGAGUCUUUCCCUACUGUGACCUCCUUAAACGCUGCAACCACCCCUGUGCCUGCCGGGAUGAAGAUGGACAGCACGAUGUUCCACCCAGAUGACUUCUUGUUGGAUGCUGCUUCUUUUUACAGCAGCGGUGAGAAAGUGGGCGUUGGAAGUCAAGGACAGCUGGUAGCGAUGGAGCAGAACUGGAACAACAUGGUGCUGGAAGUCCACAAUCUGAAUGGAAAAAAUUCAGCCUCAGCCUCCUCCUCUCCUCAAGUUGAAAAGACCCCAACACCAGAGGAGCAGCAAUCUGCAUUUCCCACACUUCCGCGCAACACCCCUCUUUCUUCUCUCAUGCCAAAGGAGAUGGCAAUGAAAGAGGAAACCACUGUCAUCACAGCACCUUCUAAGGUCCUGCACAAUGACUUCACUGUGGUAACCAGAGCGGAGAUGCAUCAGCCUCCUGCUGCUGCGGGGACAGACAACCGCAAGCCAAGUCGGGCCAGCAAGAGUGGCGGUGGACGAGCUCGCCCCGAUGACCUGGCCGUGUAGCUAAAACACACACUCACUCACACUUUUACCCAACUAUGCAUGCAUGCUCUAUACACAGAGAGAGCCUACACAUGCUUUUUUUUCUUUUAAUAUGCACUGCAGCAUAAAACCACACCUAAGCAUGCACUUCAGUAUGAGCCUGAUGCCUGCUGGAGUUGGCUGCUUAGUUUAUAGUCAACACUGCGAAUCUGAAACAGGGAUAAAAAAAAAAGUCUUUCUGUCAUAUGGAAGACAACAUCUUGAUGCCCCACAUAGAUAUCGACAACAUUAGGGUAUGUCCACAUUAGUUUCUUAACGUGUAAGUUUUCAGUUCAAAGGAGGUUCAAAUUGUUUAGAGUAAUGGCUGUGCGCAUGGGGGUCCAUUU